AUGGGAGCAGUCUGGAUCUGGUCUUUCUGUCUGUUUGGAAUAAUCACAGGGUCCAAACCGUCUUUCGAUGGGAAUUCCAUAACUAAUGAUCUGGAGAAAUAUUUCACCAAGGUGGAUUCCAAUGCAACAGAGGUCUUCUGCCAACGCCACUCUGGCCGACGUGUCUUCUGGCAACGCCACUCUGGCCGACGUGUCUUCUGGCAACGCCACUCUGGCCGACGUGUCUUCUGGCAACGCCACUCUGGCCGACGUGUCUUCUGGCAACGCCACUCUGGCCGACGUGUCUUCUGGCAACGCCACUCUGGCCGACGUCCAUCCCUCUUCUGGCAACGCCACUCUGGCCGACGUCCAUCCCUCUCUUCUGGCAACGCCACUCUCGCCGACGUCCAUCCCUCUUCUGGCAACGCCACUCUCGCCGACGUCCAUCCCUCUUCUGGCAACGCCACUCUCGCCGACGUCCAUCCCUCUUCUGGCAACGCCACUCUCGCCGACGUCCAUCCCUCUUCUGGCAACGCCACUCUCGCCGACGUCCAUCCCUCUUCUGGCAACGCCACUCUCGCCGACGUCCAUCCCUCUUCUGGCAACGCCACUCUCGCCGACGUCCAUCCCUCUUCUGGCAACGCCACUCUCGCCGACGUCCAUCCCUCUUCUGGCAACGCCACUCUCGCCGACGUCCAUCCCUCUUCUGGCAACGCCACUCUCGCCGACGUCCAUCCCUCUUCUGGCAACGCCACUCUCGCCGACGUCCAUCCCUCUUCUGGCAACGCCACUCUCGCCGACGUCCAUCCCUCUUCUGGCAACGCCACUCUCGCCGACGUCCACCCGUCCUCUGGCAACGCCACUCUCGCCGACGUCCACCCGUCCUCUAUGAAGAUUAGUCCAGUCACUGUGAACACCACACAGAAUGAUGGUCAGAAAUCCCUGGGGAUCGGCCAGGUGCCAGUCUCGGAGGGAGGCAGUGAUCCAAUGGCCAUCCUUGCCCCGGGUAAUGGCCAGGUGGCUUUCCUGAACGGACACCUUGCAAUCAUGGCUGCUGGAGGACAAAUGACUUCGUUGGGUGGGUCUGGGGGACAGGUGUUGGGUGGGUCUGGGGGACAGGUGAGCUCGUGGCGUGGGUCUGGGGGACAGGUGAGUUCGUUGCGUGGGUCUGGGCAGCAGGUGGCCUCAUUUUUUGGUCCUGGUGGGGCGCAGGUGGCCACAUUAGUUGGCAACGAAGGGGGGCAAGUGGCCACAAUAGUUGGCAACGAAGGGGGACAGGUGGCCACUGUGGUUGGCAGCCAGACAGACUCUUUUGGUGCAGAGCAGGUGGACAUUGGGUUCCCUUACAAACAGCCCAGCAGAAGCAAACAGGUCAAAGAACGGAUGCAGCGGCUGAAGGAGAACAAGCAGAACGUGGAGCUGGAGAGAGCGGCUCGUCUGCGAACACUGCAGGUGUCGAUGGAGCAGGUGCUUGAGACCUGGGAGCAGACCAACGGGCCCUUCCACAUCCGGAGACUGGCAGAACACUACGGCGUCUACAGGGACCUGUUCCCCCGCGCCUUCUUCCUCCCCCUCGUCGCUCUCAGAGUGCGCUACGGUCAGGACGGCGCCGCACACUUCGGGAACACGCUCACACCAACAGAGACCGCAGCAGCUCCUCAGAUCAGCUUUGAUGCAGCAGACGGGACUCUGUGGACCCUGCUGCUCACAUGCCCAGACUACAGGGAUCCUCCCUGGCAGAGCACAAAGUAUGACCUUUCCAAAGGAGUUUUGGCGAUUCUGGCGGCGCGCCUCGCCUUCGGCAUCGUCUUCCAGACCCCGACCCUACCGACCCUGACCCUACAGACCCUGACCCCUGACCCCACAGACCCUGAUCCCACAGACCCGGAACCCCACAGACCCUGA